GUUGACGAAAUUCACCGGCACUGUGACCUCAUCGGAUUCGGAAAGGCUUGGGUUUGUGGAAUCUGGAUCGGGUUCGGCUGAUGAAGUGGUGGUUAGGCUUUUGUCGAUGAUGUCAUUUCCCGGCGUUGAAGAAGCGACGGAGAGAGCCAACGUGAACAAAAGAACGGUGACGGUAACGGUAACGGUAACGGUAGCGGUGGGGGAGGCCAUUGUUUUGGGAAGAAGGAAAUCUGAAUUGUCAAAGGUUUCUCGAUGGCUUCACGGAGGAAAAGAAGAAAGGUGAAUGAAGAAUCAGAGAUUCCAUGUUCGCCGGUCGUUAUAUUCGCGCACGGUGCCGGUGCUCCCUCUUCUUCCGACUGGAUGAUUAGAUGGAAGGAAAUGUUAAAGAAGACAUUAGAAGCUGUUGAAGUGGUCACAUUUGACUAUCCUUAUCUUGCUGACGGGAAAAAAAGAGUAGCUCCGAAAGCGGAGAAAUUGAUAGAGUUUCAUUUGAAUGUUGUUAAAGAAACUGCUGCUAAAUUCCCUGGUCAUCCUUUGAUAUUAGUUGGCAAAUCAAUGGGUUCUAGAGUAAGCUGUAUGGUUUCAGCUGUGAAUGAAGAUGUUACAGUUUCAGCUGUGAUAUGUUUAGGAUAUCCACUUAAGGGCGCGAAAGGUGCGAUAAGAGACGAGACUCUACUGGAAAUGGGAGUCCCUGUGAUGUUUGUGCAGGGAAGCAAAGAUCCGAUGUGUCCUCUGAAUAAGCUUGAAGCUGUUUGUAAUAAAAUGAAAGCUGUGACUGAGGUUCAUGUGAUUGAUGGUGGAGAUCACUCCUUCAAGAUUGGGAAGAAACACCUUGAAACAAAGGAGUUAACACAAGAGGAAGUCGAAGAUGUCGCUAUGAAAGCAAUAGCCGCUUUUGUCUCCAAAUCUCUUGCUCAAAGCUCAUAA